AAAGCCGGCUGGAUGACGACUGCCCGCGGCACAAAGGGCGGACCCGCCGGUGCUGCGGUUGAUUCCUGCAAGCGCCUCCACUUGAGCCCGCGCGUCUGGCAGGUGGUGGUGUGUAGUUGUCGCUCUGACUUCAUUAAUGUUUAAUGAACUACUUUACACCCAAGGAGAUGAUCAGUCUGCUGGUGCUACUUGCGAGCGCAGUGGCGGCCGAGUGCCCCGCUGGCUACGAGGUCGUUGGAUCCACGUGCAUCCACCGCUCGUCCAAUGGAUAUCUUAAGUACGACGACGCGGUGGCUUACUGCCACCAGAACUUCGGCAGGCUGCCCGUACUGCACGACUGCGCCUCGUUUACUGACGUAGCCACCUACGUUGACGAUGGUGAAUCCUCGGCAGCAACAAACGGCUACUGGUUAGGCGCAAACAGCUUGUCGGCGUCACGCGUCUGGCAGUGGAGCGACGGCUCGGCAGUACAAAUGGGCGCUCCUUAUUGGGCGGCUAACACUGUGAGUGUGGAGAGAGAACCCAGCGGCCUCUCCCCCUCAAAUGUGGAGGAGAACUGCGCUCUGAUCAGUCCUCAUCGUGGUUGGUCAGUGCACGAUUACCCUUGCGAAGAGGCGGGUGUGUAUCCUGUGUGCUCUAGGAUCCCUAUUCGCGGCUUGUGCGCACAUCCAUUCGUGCUCGUGGGUACGCAGUGCGUGCACGUGAUCCAGGCAGAACAUCACUGGGGCGCCGCUCGCACCCAGUGUGGACUCAUCGGUGGAGAUUUGAUCAUUUUGGACGACUGUGAUCAGUACCGCAAAGUUAACCUUUACCUCACCAAGCAAGGUAAGCAGACCGGAUUUGUGUGGAUGUAUCGCUUCUCCAACACUAUGUGCAACAGCACGAGACGUGUGAUCUGCGAGACACGGCCUCUCUAG